AUGCAAAAUUAAGAACUAAUGAAGAAUGCUUAUUUAAAAUGUUUGUUUUAAGAAUAAGUUUCUAAAUUUAAGCAUGUUGGAAAAAUAUCAUAUAAAUACUUUUUAAUAGAAAUAUUAAUUUAAGAUUUGAAUAUUCAAUACCAAAAUCAAUCUCAACCUUUCUGGCCUACAAAAAUGGUUGUUUCUGCUCAAUGA